AUGACAAAGAGACGAUUUGACAAGGUUGAGCAUUUUGAUAAAGACAGUGGAUCAGACUCAUCUUGCUUCUCUUCUGAUUCUGAUCCUGAGGAGGCAGAAGAAUCCGAAGAGGAAGUUUCUGAGGAAGGAGAUGAAUCCCCAGCUGAUGUUGAUGAUGAUGAACCACCGGAAGAGGAGGAAGAACACUAUAUUCUAGGCUGUAUGAUUAAAUGCCAACCGGGUUACGAAUGCAGAUACUGUCCUUUCAUCACUUGUCCGAAUGAGAGGACCAUGCGAGCACAUGUCUCAUCAAGGGAGAAGCAGAUAAUAAUAGGGAAUAAAGGAAAGCUCGGAACUGAUGACAACAAAGUGAUGAUGAUCCAGAAAUGCCGUCUCAGGAGGGAGUAA